GGAACGCUUGUGCCGGGGGCUCGGUUCCCGACCGGGGCGGGGAGCGGCGGCACCGGCGGAAGAGGAAGCGGCGGGAGCGGCAUGGAGGAGCCCGAGAUGCAGCUGAAGGUGAAGAAAGUUACGGACAAAUUCACGGAGAGCAUGUACGUCCUGGCCAACGAGCCCUCCGUGGCGCUCUACCGCCUCCAGGAGCACGUCAGGAGAUCGCUUCCAGAGCUCGCUCAACACAAGUCCGACAUGCAGAGCUGGGAGGAGCAAAGCCAAGGAGCCAUCUACACGGUGGAGUACGCCUGCAGUGCCAUAAAGAACAUGACGGACAGCAGCGUGUACUUCAAGAGCAUCGACAGCCUGCUCAAGCACGCCAUCGCCAUGAAGGACCAGCUGAACGCUGCUCAGGGCCGCAGCACUGUUGCCCCACAAGCCAAGAAUCCGCCAGCCAGUUCCUGAUUUUGGACAAGACUGGCUGUCCUCUGCCUUCUUCUCCAGCCCAGCUCCAUGCUCACCGACCACGUGGAGGAAUAAGAAACCUUCCGCUCAGUCUGUGAAGCCGCACAGAGGCCUGCCUGCCUCGCUGUUCCCAGUAACGAGGUGCUGCACCUGAGCAGGCAAAUCCUACUCCUGGGGUCAGGACUGCCUUUGUGGGGCAGUCUCUUUCCACACUGUUCUGCAAAAGGGAAGCGGGGUGGUUCUGCAUUUGUCCUUUCCAGUUCUUUCUGAUGGCAGACUGCUACGAGGCAUUUUUCUCUCUACCUCUUGGCCACAGAAGUAUCUCAGAAAAAACUAGGUCUUGCUUUCAGUAUUUCGUAGGUGGCUGUGUAAAGACUUAAUGUAGGCACACUUCAGCUUUGUUCAGGAGGCAUUCUGCGAGGAGAGUUUUUCAUGUGUGUGCCAGGAAGUGCUGAAUUUGGUCUUAGUGAGAACAAUAAUAAAAAGGCAAAACAAA